GUUGGUGUCUAGUCCUAAUAGUGCAAGGCUGUGCUUGUUUCUGUAAGGAAAAACAACUUGUUUUUAUUUACCCAGCGCCAAAUAGCGAGAUUCCGGCAAGAUGCACGUAAUCAAGCGAGAUGGCCGUCAGGAGCGUGUUAUGUUUGAUAAAAUCACCUCUCGCAUCCAGAAGCUUUGUUAUGGACUCAACUCAGACUUUGUGGAUCCAACCCAGAUAACAAUGAAGGUGAUCCAGGGUCUAUACAGCGGAGUCACCACUGUAGAGCUGGACACAUUGGCCUCAGAGAUUGCUGCCACUCUCACAACUAAGCAUCCAGACUACGCCAUUCUGGCUGCACGCAUUGCUGUCUCUAACCUGCACAAAGAGACCAAAAAAGUGUUCAGUGAUGUGAUGGAGGAUCUUUACAACUACGUCAACCCAUUAAACACACGUCAUUCUCCCAUGAUCUCCAAGGAAACUCUCGACAUUGUUCUGGAAAACAAAGAGCGUCUCAACUCUGCCAUCAUUUACGACAGAGACUUCUCCUACAACUUCUUUGGUUUUAAGACACUUGAACGGUCCUACUUGCUGAAGAUUAAUGGCAAAGUUGCUGAGAGACCCCAGCACAUGCUCAUGCGAGUGUCUGUUGGCAUUCAUAAAAGAGACAUCGACGCAGCCAUUGAGACCUACAACCUCCUGUCAGAGAAAUGGUUCACCCAUGCCUCCCCUACACUUUUCAAUGCUGGCACCAACAGGCCACAGCUGUCCAGUUGUUUCCUGCUAGCCAUGAAGGAUGACAGCAUAGAUGGGAUUUAUGACACACUGAAGCAAUGUGCCCUCAUCUCCAAAUCAGCUGGUGGUAUUGGUGUGGCAGUUAGCUGUAUCAGAGCAACAGGCAGUUACAUUGCUGGGACUAAUGGCAAUUCCAAUGGGCUGGUUCCUAUGCUUCGAGUAUACAACAACACUGCACGUUAUGUUGACCAGGGUGGUAACAAGAGACCAGGAGCUUUUGCUAUGUACUUGGAGCCAUGGCAUUUUGAUGUGUUUGACUUCUUGGAGUUGAAGAAGAACACAGGGAAAGAGGAGCAGAGGGCCAGAGACCUGUUCUAUGCCUUGUGGAUCCCUGACCUCUUCAUGAAACGAGUUGAGAGCAACCAGGACUGGUCUUUGAUGUGCCCCAGUGACUGCCCUGGUUUGGAUGAGUGCUGGGGAGAGGAAUUUGAGAAGCUCUACACUCAAUAUGAGAAGGAAGGUAGGGCCAAGCGUGUGGUGAAGGCUCAGCAGCUGUGGUAUGCGGUCAUUGAAUCUCAGACAGAAACGGGUACACCAUACAUACUCUACAAGGAUGCUUGCAAUAGGAAGAGCAACCAACAGAACCUGGGCACCAUCAAAUGCAGCAAUCUCUGUACAGAGAUUGUAGAAUACACCAGCCAUGAUGAGGUAGCGGUGUGUAACCUGGCAUCCAUUGCUCUCAACAUGUAUGUCACCCCUGAAAGGACAUUUGACUUCAAAAAACUGGCAUAUGUCACCAAGGUCAUUGUGAAGAACCUGAACAAGAUCAUUGACAUCAACUACUACCCAGUGCCUGAGGCUGAGAACUCCAACAAGCGUCACAGGCCAAUCGGAAUUGGUGUCCAGGGUUUGGCUGAUGCCUUCAUCCUUAUGCGUUACCCCUUUGAAAGUUCUGAGGCCCAGUUGCUCAACACCCAAAUCUUUGAGACUAUCUACCAUGCCGCUCUAGAGUCCAGUUGUGAACUGGCAGCUGAGCAUGGUGCUUAUCAAACCUAUCCUGGUUCUCCUGUCAGCAAGGGAAUCCUUCAGUAUGACAUGUGGGAGAAAACUCCAACAGACUUGUGGGACUGGAAAGCACUAAAGGAGAAAAUUGCCAAGUAUGGGGUUAGGAACAGUCUUCUGCUGGCCCCAAUGCCCACAGCCUCUACAGCCCAGAUCCUGGGUAACAAUGAGGCCAUCGAGGCCUACACCAGUAACAUUUACACCCGUAGGGUUCUCUCGGGAGAGUUCCAGAUUGUGAAUCCACACUUGCUAAAGGACCUGACAGAAAGAGGACUGUGGAAUGAGGAGAUGAAGAACCAAUUGAUAGCUCAUAAUGGGUCUAUCCAGAAUAUUGAAGAGAUCCCAGAAGAUCUGAAGCAGCUGUACAAAACUGUGUGGGAAAUCUCCCAGAAGACUGUCCUCAAGAUGGCCGCAGACCGCGGUGCCUUUAUUGACCAGAGCCAGUCCCUAAACAUCCACAUUGCAGAGCCAAACUAUGGGAAGCUGACCAGCAUGCACUUCUAUGGUUGGAAGCUAGGCUUGAAGACUGGCAUGUACUACCUACGGACCAAGCCUGCAGCCAAUCCCAUCCAGUUCACCCUAAACAAGGAGAAAAUAAAGGAGGGCCAGCCAACCAAGACUCAAGAGGAAGAGACCAAAGAGCGCAAUACUGCCGCUAUGGUGUGCUCUCUGGAGAACAGAGAUGAGUGCCUGAUGUGUGGUUCUUAAGUCUUCCAACCCCCUGCUUUCGUGUAACUAUCUCACUUUAUUUCCGGCUGAGGGGCUCCUUUUACAUAGUUUGUUGAGAUGCACUAGCUUUGAUAAAGGAGGCUUUUAGGAUGUCCCUCUAUUUUUACAUGUGCCUGUCUUUAAAACAGAUCUAAUUAAUUCUUAUUUAUUGUUAUGUGUUGCAAUCUUUGAAGGUUUAUGUCUGUGCGUUUUGUGGAAUUAAUUGUUUGUUAGUUGUUUUCUUUCCAACUUGGUUGUAAUGUAAAUUUAUGGCGCACAAUUUCAUGUAAAUCUGUACUUUUGAUGUGGAGGGAUAAAUGUUUAUUCACCUUUAGUCCUUUGUGAGAUUAAUACUGAUUAUUUUUAUUAAUAUUGUAUGAGUGCUACAAUUUGAAUAGAGGGACUAAAGCCAAUUACGCAGAGGUUCUCCCUCCUACUGGAUGCAGAAUUGUUGCUCAGCUCUGCUUUACCCAAGCAGAGCUAAAACCCAGCUGUAGCCUGAUGGAGCAUCAUGACUGGCUGGUGGUUUUUAUACUGUCUUUAGUGCCAAAAUCUAUUUGCCUAAGACACACUCAUUUUAUCCAU